CUCGCCGGCCCUCUCUUCACAGCUACGCUGAUGGGGUUCCCCGUCGGGUACUCGGAGGUGCCCAAGCUGCUCCUGCACCUCCUCGUCCUGCUCGGCCACCUGCGCCGCCUCUCCUCCUGCCUGCUCCGCCUCGCCGGCCUCCACGACUACUCCCACGCCGACCGCCACUUCUGCGACGACGGCGCCGCGGCCGAGCGCCUCGAGGAGCACUCCCCGGCGGUGCGCUUCGACUCGCUGCCGCCGGGCGGCACCUCCGCCGCGCUGCCGGAGGGGUGGGGGUGCUGCGUCUGCCUGGGCGACUUCCACGGCGCCGCCGAGGUGCGCCGCGCCCGGGGCUGCCGCCACGUCUUCCACCGCGCCUGCCUCGACCGGUGGGCCGCGCACGGCCACCGCACCUGCCCGCUCUGCCGGACGCCCAUCCUGCCGCCGCUGCUCCUGCCGCUGCCGCCGUCCUAGUCGUCCCAAGUACUCUCUUCUUUUGGGCUCUUUUGGAAAUAUAAACCUCAAACAGCGCUGGUUUGGUGCUCUGCUCUGCUUCUGCUUCUGGUCUCGAAGAUGAAGGAAGGGCCAGAAGGAAGUGGCAAAAGAUGGAUGCUGAUAGAUCGACAAGUUUAUUUAGCUUAGGCCAAGUAAAUACAAGAGUAACCAAGUAUAUGCAGGUGGAGCAAGUUGCUAGAAGAUCUUGCUCCGCUCAUUUUCUCUUGUUUUUUUUUCUUCCCUUUCUCUCUUUUAAUUUGGAAGGCCCCUGUUUGUUGA